AUGACUUCCCAAAAGGCUUUCCCAACAAGAAAAGGGAGUCUUGACUUGCACAAUGUGACAAAAGCAGAAAAACCUGCAAGAGUAUCAAAAGAAGAUUCUGAAGAUGUACCAGCUUCAAAGAAAACUAAAGAAGAAUCUGAAGAUGUGUCUUCCACAAAGAAGCAAACGAGUCCCAUCAGUUUCUUCCAGUGUGUCUACUUGGAUGGAUACAAUGGCUAUGGAUUUCAGUUUCCUGUCACUCCUGCACAACGCCCUGGAGAGAGCUCUAGUCGACCAAAUUCUCCAGGACAGAAGCAACAAGGACAAUAGGACACACAUGCAUGACCCUUAUGAGUGUUUUCAGGUUUUGAAAAUGGGAUUCUCUGUUUUGUCCACAGUAGUACAGGCAAUUAAAAUACCAUCCAGAAUAUUUCUUUGAAAACUUUACUCUUCUGCCUGGUGUAGAGAGAAACUAUGGGCAAAGGGACGGAAUAACAUGCAUACAUGUUGAAGGGUCUAAUACUCAAAAAUCUGUUAUUUUUCUUUGUUGCUGUGGGAGGAGGAUUGCGUGUAAUUUUUUCUUAUUUCCACUCACUGUAAGGUUGUGUACAAAUUAAUAUCUUUCUUUAAUUUUGGUCUUUUACAAUGUAAUUGAUACAAUUACAGAAUGAAAUUCCUGGCUUCAGUUAGAUAUUUUAAAUAACAGAGACUAUGCUCUAAGUUUAGAGGAUACAGGAACUUAUAUAAAAGCAGCUCUUUUGUGUCGUCUGGAUUGCUAAACUCCACCAAGGAAAUUGAUGCUUAAUAGUUUCAUUUUGUUUAUAGGUGUUUCUGUUUUCGUUGUGGCUAAGCUCUAGGAAUGGGUAACAGUUGACCAAAGAGUGCUGUAAGUUCCUUGUGAUACUCUUAGAACUCAAAACAUUUCAGACAUGAUAAGAUAGAGAAUAAUUGUUUAAGAAAUCCUGUCUCUAGGCUUUGUCCUGAAUUAUAGUAAGGAUAUUCACUUCAGUAGACAUACACCAUCCAGAG